AUUAAUGUCAAUAUGGUUGAUAACGACGGACGCACAGCAUUACAUCUCGCAGCUCAGCAUGGGGCAGGUCGCAUUGCGGGGAUGCUAUUGAAACAAAAGGAUAUUAAUGUCAAUAUGGUUGAUAACGGCGGACGCACAGCAUUACAUCUCGCAGCUCAGCAUGGGGCUGUUGGAACAUGAUACUAUUGAGGUCAAUCUGGCCGAUAACGAUGGACGCACACCACUAGAUCUAGCGACCCGCGGAAACAGAUUGAAAAUUGCCAGGCUGUUAUUAGAGCGACCGGAUAUUAAUCUCAAUUUGACUGAUAACAGUGGUGGCACAGUAUUACACCAGGCGGCCCAGAUCGGGGCUGUUGGAAUUACGGCAUUGUUGAUCGCACGCGAGGAUAUCGAUGCAGAUUCGGUUGAUGGCCUCGGCCGUACACCACUACAUUGGGCUGCCCGUACCAAACAUCAUACAAUUUUACGCUAUUUACUACCAGUGACCCAUGAUGUAAGCCAAGGAGACAUCUGGGGAUCUACUCUAUUACACGCAGCCAUUGAUGAUGAUGAUCCCAGUCUUGAAACAGUUCGCACUCUUCUAGCUGAUGACAGAAUCGUAAUAGAUGCCGCAGACACCGAGGGUGAUACCGCCUUACACAUCGCCGUUCGGCACGGGCACAAAGACAUAGUCGUUGAACUGCUCCACAGCGGUGCUAUCACUUCCUGUUAUAACCAGAAGGGCCAUGUGCCUCUAGUCGAGGCAAUUGAAGCGGGGUCCACCGUAAUGGCAGAGCUGCUUCUC